AUGGUGAUACAGACUGAUUUCAGCAGUACUUUUACCCCUGAGUAUUCAACUGAGUUGCAAGAAAGGGUUCAAGAUAUUUACCAAAAUGAUAUUAAACCACUGCUACCGCAGUUGAGAUUAUCUAAACUGAUAGAUUUGCUGGAGCAUACGGCAUAUCUACUGGAGGCCUUUCAUCAUUUCUUACCAUCUGGAAGGUAUGAUGAUGCUUUAUCUGCAUAUAUUGUGGGUUGCUAUUAUUUGUAUUUGAUUAUACCACAAUCUACACAGUUUCAAACGAAAAAUAAAUCUUAUAGUAUGUACAAUGAUUGGAAGAUUUUAUAUCAAAACGAGGCCAAUAUGACUAAUGUUUGUUCGAUGGUGAGAAAUGAGGUGGAUUCAAUCUUGGAUAAAUCGUAUCAAGAACCAGAACCUACAAAAAGAGUUAUCCCAAGAGGCAGAGCGUUUUCUGUUAAAGAUGAUACUCCAAAGGAUUAUAAUACAAUAGAGUUCCCAAUUCGGGAGAGGAAAUCAUCAACCACACAACGUCCAUUAUCUAUGGCUAAACCUUACGAUUCAUUACCAAUGGAAUUAGAUGAUUCCACUCCAUUAUGGACAGCCCCAUCUUUAAAUCCAAAUGACCAAUUGAAAUUAGCUUUGGAACAACCAGAGUUAACUCUGGAUGAACAACUAAGUGACAAAACACAGCACAAUUUGAUUGAUGACAAAUAUAAUAAUUUUACUAUUCCACUACCACAUCAGAUUCCUCUUCCAGUGAAGGUAACAGACUUUAAUCAUGAUAAAAAAAUUCAAAAAAUAUACCCAGUUGAUAGAUCCGAAACUCAUAGGAAGGAUAGUUAUCAUUCUGUAUACAUGGAUAAUGAUAACUCUGCAGGAUAUGUUCGGAAAAACGAUGAAGCUAAUAAUUACAUUCAAACAUUGGAAAGAUUACAAAAGCAAAAUGUAAUUACAUGUCCAGAAUUAUUUUCGAUAUUAUCCGAUCCUACAACGAAGGAUGAUAUUCUUUUAAUAUACUUAGGAUUGCCUGAACGUACUAAAUCAAAUUACAUUGUCGCAAAGAAUACAAUAAAUAUAGAUCCAAAUGUAUUAUGGGAUUUUGAAAAUAAUUGCCCAAUUUCAGAAGAUACAAAAUUGGAAAAGAUACUAAACGAUCAGUUGUUCAAUAUUAGAAAAUCGUUUGCAUAUGUUGUUUAUUAUACAGAUUUAAAGACUUAUAUGAAGAUCAAUUUUGAUUAUAAUUUUACUUUGUUUUAUUUACUUACAUCUUCAAGAACAUCAGUUCUGAAGACUUUCCCAACAAGCUUACUAGGUGGUUUAGAAAAAUGGAAGAAAGUUAUAAGAACAUAUUACCAUGAAAAUGGGAUUAAUGCUUUAAAUUACCUUCAUAAAUUUCAUGUCCAUAACAUAGAUCAAAAAGAAGGUGACAGAUCAAAUAUUGGGGUUGAACAUUAUUUCUGGAAUGCUCCUGAAAUCCCAAUGAGAAUUAGACAAAGGCCACCUCCUCCAAUCCCUUCCACAAUUAUUCAUCCGCCAUUACCACCAAAGAUUGGAUUGAUAGACUCUACACUUGAAGGACCAAAUCAAAAUGAUACAAUUCUUGCAUCUUCGAAGGUCGAUUAUUCUUCAAGCAAUAACUUCAUAAGAACAGAAAAUUACCAAGUGAACUUGCUUCCAAAUGGACCAACCAAA